AUGUUCCCGUUAUCAGUUCACCUUCAGCCAAGCUUCGUGAAUCCUCGCGACUGUCUGAAUAAUUUCCAGAAGCGUCUACAAAGUCAGCUUAUCUGCCUGGAAGGCAUCUCCGCUAACGACGCCAUCUGCAUGGAAGAGCCUUCCUUGGCUCUACUGCAUCAGCCUCUGAUCACUUUCACAGUUGCCACGAUCCGACAGACCGAUGAGCAGACGACAGGUCCUGCUGAGUCCGUCCAUCUGCGCUACACGACCGAUGGCUGGACCAACCAUAAGGACACACCGAGUCUGGGGCUCAUCAACGUCCAAGAGCUGACUCCAGGCGCCCACGAUCCCCUUUUGUUUACAUACAAGGGUCACAUUAGUGCUGCCCAAUUGGAUCAAGACGUUGUCGAUUGGUUGGCAAACCAUCCG